AUGCGACUCCACGACUACUAUCUCCUGGCGAGCGUGCUCAUUGGUAGCACGCUCGCCCAAGAGCCAAAAGAAACAUGCCCCCGCAUGUGUGCUGAAUCCGGCGUCGACCCCGCGGCCUGGGAUGUUCGACAGAGUCUUGCUGAGACGUUUUAUUGCCCUCGGCCCAUCCUCAUCGACAUGACUCUCGGCGUUCCAGCAGACGAGCAGCAACCGUUCCGCGUCUGCGAUGCUUGGGGCACAUACUACUACUACCAACCGAAAGUCUUGGUCGCCGCGGCGGCGGACGAGACUGUCGAGGUCACCCCACUUCUCGCUUGGACGAACUCCUCGAGUGCUCAGCGGACCGCCGUCCGCGCGGUGACACCUCUUGAGGAGAUACGGGCAUAUCUCGGCCGCACUGGCCAGGCCGGCUGGAACAAGACGGCAAUGUUCUCCGCAUACAACGGCGCCACGGUUGGUGUCUUUGUUGGCCAGAGCCUGUUGAGCUCGAGCGCUGCCGACAAGCUCAUCAGUCCUCUCAUCGACAAGGUCAGGGAAAGUGGUCUAGGUGCAGACAGCAGCGCGCUCCUGCAGGUCUGCGGUGAGGACAAGACGGUCGACCAGACAUUUGGCGUUGUCGUUGCCUCCACCCUUGACCUCACAGUGGUCCAGAAAAUGGUCAAUACCUGGGCAAAUGCGUCAUGCGUCGACACGGCCAGCUUUGGAACCUCAAUCGAGCUCAACUCGACAACUGUGGUGGGUCGGACCGUACUGCCCCUGGUGCCCAGCAACUCGACAGUUCCUAGCAACACCACGGAGCACCUCGCCCGCCACCUUCGCGGCAGUAGUGGUUACCUGCUCCAUGCCCGUGCUGACUGCAGAGCGAUUUCGGUCGACAACGGCGACGGCUGUGAUUCGCUCGCAGCCAAGUGCGGCAUUUCAGCAAGCGAUUUUGACAAGUACAACACGGACAAGAACCUGUGCUCGACGCUCAUGAAGGGGCAGCACGUCUGCUGCUCAUCGGGGUCGAUGCCCGAUUUCACGCCAAAACCCAACCCGGACGGCAGCUGUGCCACGUACACGACCAAGCAGGACGAUACGUGCUCUGCCAUCGCGGCUGCCAACUCACUUAAAGUGGACGAUCUCGAGAAUAUGAACAAGAAAACAUGGGCAGGAUGGGCUGGCUGCAACCGCCUGUUCGUUGGCGUCGUCAUGUGUCUCAGCAAGGGCUCGCCUCCAUUCCCGCAGUCUAUCCCGAACGCCAUCUGCGGUCCGCAAAAGCCCGGCUCCGAGCCUCCCACCGACGGCUCCGACAUUGCAGAGAUGAAUCCUUGCCCCCUCAACGUCUGCUGCAACAUUUGGGGACAAUGCGGUCUCUCUGAUGACUUCUGCAUAGACACCCGGGGCGAUGGUGCUCCGGGUACGGCCAAGCCCGAGACUAACGGCUGCAUCUCUAACUGCGGCUUGGAUAUUGUCAAGGGCUCCGCUCCUGCCCAGUUCAUCAAGCUCGGCUACUUUGAGGCCUUCAACUUGAACCGUGAAUGCCUCAACAUGGACGUCUCGCAGAUUGACAAGUCGUACACCCAUGUCCACUUCGCGUUUGGCAUGCUCACCAAUGACUUUGAGGUGUACUUUGAGGAUGCCUACCAGGAGUACCAGUUCAAGGAGUUCAAGAAGAUGACCGGCAUCAAAAAGAUCAUCUCGUUCGGAGGGUGGGUCUUCUCCAACGACCGCAAGUAUUACUCCAUCUUUCGCAACGGCGUCAAGCCUGCCAAUCGGGACAAGCUCGCAAGCAGCUUGGCCAAGUUCGUCAACGACAACGGGCUCGACGGUGUGGACAUUGACUGGGAGUAUCCUGGAGCCGACGACAUCCCCGGCACUCCGCCUCCUGAUGACAAGAACGAGGGCGUUUCUUACGCAGCCUUCCUGACGCUUCUCAAGGCCAAGCUCGGCAACAAGAGCGUCUCGAUCGCCGCCCCCGCGUCAUACUGGUACCUGCGUAACUUCCCGAUCAAGGGCAUCGGCAAGAUUGUCGACUACAUUGUGUACAUGACCUACGACCUGCACGGCCAGUGGGAUGCUGGGAGCAAGUGGGCGUCCCCGGGCUGUCCCCAGGGCAGCUGCCUCCGCAGCCAAGUCAACAUCACCGAAACCAACUACGCCCUGGCCCUGAUCACCAAGGCCGGCGUGCCGUCCAGCAAGGUCAUCGUGGGCGUCACCAGCUACGGCCGCAGCUUCCGCAUGGCUGACCCGUCAUGCCGUGGCCCGCAGUGUCUGUUCGUCGGCCACGCGGGCGAAGACGGUUCGCAGGCUACUCCUGGCCGCUGCACGGCGACCAAGGGCUACAUCAGCAACGCCGAGAUCGGCGAGUACGCAUCGGGAAGAAAGCGGGGAGCUGACAUGUGGUACGACGAGGAGAGCGACAGCAACAUGAUGGUGUACGACAACAAUAACUGGGUGGCAUACAUGAACGAGGCCGUGCGCACAAAACGCACCAACCAGUACAAGGGGUUCAAUCUAGGCGGCACGACCAACUGGGCCGUGGACCUGGACCAGUUCAACGCCCCGCCAGGGCUGGGACCCGACGGCGACAUCCGGCUCACCUGGGGCCAGAUCAAGAAUAACAUUGUCAAGAAAGGCGAGGCUGUGACAUGCGACCUCGAGGCGCGGACGGGUACUUGGGUCACCAAGGACUGCCAGGCCGAGGAGGUGCGCCUCUGGACCAAGUACACGCCCGCUGCGCGCUGGGACAAUCUUGACUGUGGACAUGCCCUCGACGAUGCCCUCAUGCGGUGGAAGUUGUGCGACGGCCCAGCCAAGAACGCGACCUUUAGCGACUCCCUCUCGCAGUUCUUCCACCAGGUCGAAGGCACGGGCUGCAAGAACCUGGCCCUGGUCGACAACUGCAAUCCCGAUGCCAAGUGCGAGACGCAUGCCAGCAGCGGCGAUCAUCCCUCCGGCGUCACGGGUGCCUGCUCGUACAUUGUCUGGAACUCGCUGGCACAGGUCCACGCCAUGAUUAAGAACUACUCGGCUUCGCUCAAAGCAGCUGCACAGCAGGUGCAGAACAACAAGGCCGAGUUCAUCGGCACCUUCGCGCCCAACGGCCAGAGGCCAAACUACCCUCUUGGACUGGCGAUAUUGUUCACCAUUCUCCAGAUCCCGUCAACGGCACUAGGAACUCUGUUCUGGAAAGGAUUCAUGAAGGAAAUGCCCUUCUUCAAGGACAAGUCGCUGUCCCUCGAUCUUGCAAAAGACUCUUCUCAGGCACUCGUCAUGGCCGGCUUCGACAUCAGCAAGCGCGUCAUCGCGCAGAACACGAUCAAGGAGGUGACGUUCAGCCUGCUGUACGACAAGCUAAUCGAUGCCUGGAUCAACCAGGUCGACCAACUCGUUGUCGAGCUGUUCGACGGCAGUUCCGAGCACAUCAAGCAGCUCGUCACCAUCAUGGGCAAGGGCCAGAUGGUGCCGGGCAGCCUCUCGGGCCAGGCGGGCAGCACCGACUCCAACGUCGACCACACCAAGGCCUUUCUCGAGCAGAAGGCGGCAGAGCGCGCCUUUUACGCCGCGGCCAUCCCAUCCGUGUGGAAGAUGCGCCAGCCCUACACGCAGUAUCCGGCGGUUCUCGACUUCGGCCCGGACUGCAGCCGUGACAUUGGCGCUGGCCAGUUCUUCGACAGCAGCAAGGACAACAAGUAUGACUACAAGCACGGCAGGGUGUGCAUCGACGACCACAACUACAUUCUCGCCGGGACGUACGACCGUGACAACGACGGGCCCAACUGCUCGCCCGAGUACUGGGACUGGUGUAACCACCCAGACCCGUCAUGGGCACCGCUCUUUGGCCUGCCGGGCCUGGACAAGAUUGUGCAGAAGGAAGACAGAUGGGGUGGCGUGACUGUUGAGGAUCUCGUAAGAGGCGCCGUCAACACGUGGAAGCGCAACGGCAAGCUGAACUUGAUGGACGGGAACGAGGGAGUCGCCGACCCAAGCAACAAGGAGGACUUUGACUCGCUCUGGGAGAACGACAUCACCGCCCCCGGCACGAUCCGGAUCCCAGUAUGCAACCCCAAGGAGGCCGAGGUCCUCGGCACCGACGGCCUCGGCCACGGCAUCCCCGACGGUGACAAGCUCAGCUUCCCGUGCCUGCGCGAUCCCAGCAAGCGCUACGAGAGCGAGUGGGUCACUUGGCCAAAGGACAUGUAGGUUGUAGACAGAGUGGGAUGCCGUGGCCAUCUUGAAGCAGGGCAAUUGGCACGACUCUGGCAGCACCGGAGACUUCUCUGGUUGCUUUUGGUCACUGGGCACAGUUCACAUCGGGCAAGAUCAUCAGUGGGGUCAAAUUGAAGUACCAU